UACUGCAACUCCAAACAGUAUCCCCACACUGACCCUAACUCUAUGGUUUUUCCUUGGCGGACUCACAACCGCCAUCUUGCGCUCGCUCUUGCCGCACUGGAGGACCUAAACUCUAUGGUAAUCCCGGCUGCUGCUGGAGAUGCAACUGACGGUGAAGGCGUUAAAAGGGAAAGAGACCAAUAUCCAGGUCUCUGAAGGGGACACAGUUCUGGCUGUGAAAAGGUUAGUGGAAGAAAAGCUACAGAUACCCGUGUCACAACAGCGAUUGCUGUACAGGGGCAAAGCACUUGCAGAUGAGCAGUGCCUCUCGUAUUACUCUAUAGGACCUGGAUCAAGGCUGAACCUCAUGUUGAAGGAGCGGGUAGCGCAGGAUGUAUCGGCUGGAGUGUGGAAGUCGCUGUCAGUCCUCUUGGCAAAGCAUUUUAGUCCCUCGGAUGCAGAGAGGGUACUAGAAUGUGUACAAAAGGACUAUGAGCGCAGCCUGUCUCUCCUCAGCCUGGAUGAUAUAGAGCGUCUGGCUACGCGCAUUCUACAUCCGCAGUUACCAGAAGCUAUCGACCUUGGGUUUCUGGACUGACCGUCUCAGAGAUGUUGGGACCCAGCCCCCUAUAUGCACGUGUGAUGUUCCUAUGUACAGAGCCCUGAGUGAUAGUGCAGCAGUAAUAAAAAUCAAAAAUGACCUUGUCCUUUGUUCGCUGCUUUAUUUCAGAGGUGUGGCUCAUCCUUUUGCUAAACUUCUUUAUAUCAGUUAAUUUGAGCCAUUCUCUGCCAUAUAUCGUCCACAGAUGAACUUUAUUUCAGACAUUUACAUGAAAAAAGACAUUAAGCACCUCUUGGUUCUAUGUAAAAAAUUGUGCGUUGCCCCACACUCUAUAGAAAGGCCAAAAAGCAAAACCUUUAACCUAGGUUUCUAAAAUGCUGCAAAUUGCAUAAAACAGCCGUUUCAUUUGCAACAUAUGCAGGUUACAGAAUUUGCUUUUUUAACCUGUCUGUUAACAUUAAACCAAGCGGUGUUUUUUCUUUGCUGUAUCUGGAAGAGAUCAUUUUAAAAUCUAUUAGUGUUUUGUAAAACAUAUGUUUCUGUUUUGUUUUUUUAUGCUUGUGAAUCAUGUCAUCCACCAAUAAAGAAUUGGGAGUUGUACUUAUCA